UAUGGACUUCAAAAUUCAAAAGAAUACAGGCCCAUUAUAUACUACUACUAAACUAUGCCCGUUAAGCUUUGGGCAAGAGUAGAAGAAUUGGAAGCUGCAGUGCUGCAGCCGCGUGGAAAAGUUCGUGUCUUUAUUUUGAUAGGGAUUAAGAAGACUUCAAAUUUCGAAUAUGGCUGCAACCUUUGCUUCGAGAUGUUCUCGCGGUAACCCAAUUUUGGGUCGUUCUCUGUUUGGUGGAUUAAGCAACAGUUCCCCUGGUUUAUUUACGACAUCACAUGAGAUAACAUGCAACAAUAUGUUUACUCAGCAACAACGCACCUUCAUACAGAUGAGGACCGUUCUCAAGGUUGUGGAUAACUCGGGGGCUAAAAAGGUGAUGUGUAUACAGGCAUUGAAAGGGAAGAAAGGAGCAAGAUUAGGUGACACAAUAAUAGCAUCAGUGAAGGAAGCACAUCCUAAUGGAAAAGUGAAGAAAGGAAAGGUUGUAUACGGGGUAGUUGUGCGUGCAGCAAUGCCAAAGGGACGUUGUGAUGGCAGUGAGGUCAAGUUUGAUGAUAAUGCUGUGGUGCUUGUUGACAAGCAAGGCCAACCUAUUGGAACCAGAGUUUUUGGACCAGUGCCUCAUGAGCUGAGACAAAAGAAACAUGUCAAGAUUCUUACCUUGGCAGGGCACAUUGCAUAAAUGAGAAAAAAAGGGUCAUCCUUAAUUUUUUGAGUUCCAAUAUCACAUCUACCAUUUUGAUGUUUUGGAUUUUUUUUGGUGUGAUGUGUAAGUGUAAUAAUUUUUCAAUUUAGGAGAAGUAAAACAGGAGGUGCAGAAGACUUCUACUUAAAUGACUACAACUUUAUUUGGUUUCUGACCUGAAAAUGAACUAGGGACACAAAAUUUGAUGUGUUCUUCAUGUGUAAUAUAUCGACCAUUUAUGAUUA